AUGCGGAUAUCUAUACGCGAGCAGUUGGGCCUACUGGUCCUGUUCACUGCCCUCCUCUCUUUGAUGGUGUUGGCGCUGGCAACAUGGUUUCAAAACAAGGCCUUUAUCACCGACAUUCGCUUGUCAGGCCUGUCUCUGACAGCCUCGUUGAAGGCUGCUCAAAUCGCAUCCACACUGACUCUUUACGAGAGUCAAAUCCAUGCCGUCGCUACAAGAUUACUCAUUCAGAGCGCCUUGCAACGGUACAACGCUGGUAGCAACGUGAGUGCGGAGAAUUGGAACCGCUCCUACACCGAUCUGCAAGGCGCCCUUGGGAACGGGAAUCUCCUCGUUCAGGCCGUGGUCUUCCCUGGUGUCAAUGUCGGCAAUGACACGGCACUGUCUGGGCUCGUCAAUGUCACAGCCGCUGAGAUGGAGAACACAGUCGUGCUCCCAUAUCUAUAUCCGAAUGGUAGCGAGGUCCUACUCGGUGACCCAGGCGCUGGCUACCCUCCUGCCUUGUAUCCGAAUCUUACCUAUGGACCCAACACAUCCGAUUCGGCAGCAUCAGAGGUCAGCUACAACGGUCGACCUCUUGACCCUGAAGAGAUGCUCAUGCUUGGACCCGUCAUCGUAAAUGAAUCGUACGCUUUACUGUCUGGUACGCUCGGGAUUGUUAAUAUCACUGACCCGAGCUUCGUGCUUGGUUGGUUGACCAUUGUUAUCGACGCAAGCAUGCUAUUUUCGAUCCAAGAAUCGCGGGAAGGUCUGGGUCGGUCUGGUGAGGUCUUGAUCGUUGGACCAGAUCGGCAAAUCAACCUCUUCGAUAACGAUCCUCGAAACAUGUCAAGAGAGGAGGCUGGCGAGCAGCAGGUUCAUUUUAUUCUCCCACCAAUCAACGAUCAGCAGAGACACCAAGGGCGAGCAUCUUCGCUCAAUUCUACGACGCCAUUCACCAUGUCAGACUAUCCAGCUGUUGUAGCAGCUUGGACGAGAGAUAAUGACCAGGUCAACAACGCUGGCGCAUUUAUCACCACCAAGAACGAAGACAAUCACAAGGUCUCCGCCGGAUAUGCCGUCAUCAACACCAGCUUUGCUGACUGGAUGCUGGUCGUGGAACAAGAUCACGGCGAAGUCAUUGCGCCCAUCAACCAUUUGCGUGACGUUGUCCUCAUUUGCGUCUUUUCAGUUACAGGUCUGCUGCUACUCGUCAUGUUUCCAAUGGCACAUUAUUCCAUCACCCCGAUUCGCCAGCUGCGUGCUGCGACGGCCAAAACCGUUGAACCAUAUCAGCCCGAGGAUGGUAGUGAGUACGCAAGCUCGUACGGACCUAACCAUAGUGAUGGGCAGGACGAUGCAAUUUCACCUGACACCGUUGACGAGAAGAAGGAUAGCUUCUUUGGUAAAUUCAACCUUGGCGGCAAAUCGUCUAACUCGAACAAGAAGCUGAGAAAGAGAAGGACGUUCCGCAUCCCAAGCAAGGUGCCGGAAAGGAAACAUUGGGUCACUGACGAGUUGACUGAACUCACGAGUACUUUCAACGAGAUGUCAGAUGAAUUGGCGAUGCAAUACGAACGACUCGAGGAGCGGGUACGAGAACGCACGGCCGAGCUGGAGCGGAGUAAGAAAGCCGCAGAGGCUGCGAAUCAGAGCAAGACUCUGUUCAUUGCGAAUAUCUCCCAUGAGCUGAAGACUCCCUUGAAUGGUAUCUUGGGUUUGACAACCGUCUGCAUGAACGAGGACGACGUUUCCAAAAUCCGGUCGACUUUGAGUACGAUAUACAAAUCGGGCGACCUUCUACUCCACCUGCUAACCGAUCUACUCACAUUCAGCAAGAAUGAGGUCGGCCAGCAACUUUCCAUCGAUAAGACCGAAUUCAGGAUAUCUGAUCUCAGCACCCAGCUCAUGCCAACCUUUGAGAAACAGGCUCGCGAAGGUCAGAUUGACUUCAAGGUGUACUAUCUAGGAACCAGCGAUGCCUUUGGCAACACUAGCGAGUCCGCCGGCGAGAGACUAUAUGGCCCCCACGGCACCGGGCGAAUUCGGGAUAUGUGCCUAUGGGGAGACAAAAACCGUAUUUUGCAAGUGUUGAUGAACUUUGUGAGCAAUUCUCUGAAGUUUACUCCACCGCAUGGCUCAGUCACUGUUCGGAUAAGAUGCGUUGGUAUGGUCCAGAACCAGGACCAGAGUAGAGCGGGCAGCUUGCGAAAGUCGUCUGUCAACUCUCGCAAGUCGAAAGCAUCCACCAACAAGAAAGUGCGCAUGUCAGAUUCUUCUCUCGCGCAGAGAGGCUACUCAGAUUCUGACUUAAGUGACACUGACAAAGGUGGGCAGCGUGGCCACAGUUCGCCAGCAAGAAACGGCGAAGAAAGCAAGCUCAGCAUCAAUCUACCGGGCGGAACUGCUCACAUUACGAAGAUCGUGGAGCGGCGCAGAUCGGCUUCGCCGCCCCUGCUAAACACCAAAGAUCUCGCCUUCGAGUUCGAAGUGGAGGACACUGGCCCAGGUAUACCUGAAGAUCAACAACAGAAGAUCUUUGAGCCAUUUGUGCAAGGCGACCUCGGUUUGAGUAAGAAGUACGGAGGCACCGGGCUUGGUUUGAGCAUCUGCGCUCAACUCGCCGCGUUGAUGGGCGGUCAAAUCUCCCUCGACAGCCAAGUCAACCAGGGGAGCAAGUUCACAAUGUCCAUUCCCCUCAGGUAUGUGUCUGAAAGGUCGGCGUCGUCAGCAUCGUCGAUGAACCGGACACAUUCGAAAGCAAGCAGUCUUGUCGGGGUGCCGUUGCACAAUGCUUCGGAUACGGCUUUGAACCGAACCGUCGACCAAAACUCGUCGUCCAGCUCAGAUCUCGAUGCAAGCCCCGAAGCUUUGGCAGACGUACCUCGCAUUGUUGGAUUUACACAGCCAUAUGUGGCAUCAGAGACGAAACAGGACACAGCCAAAGCCAAACUCAAGGAAAUGAAAAAGGCCGAGACAGAGGCGGCCAAGAAGGGUAAAAAGGUCAGAGUGCUCGUUGCCGAGGACAAUCCUGUCAAUCAAGAGGUGGUUCUGCGUAUGUUGAAGUUGGAAGAUGUUUACGACGUGACCAUCGCUAAAGAUGGCCAAGAAGCGUUUGACAAAGUUCGUGAUUCUAUGAGACAUGGCCAUGAAAGGUUUGACCUCGUCUUUAUGGACGUACAAAUGCCGAACGUAGACGGCAUUCAGUCGACGAAGCUCAUCCGUGAGAUGGGCUUCCGAGCGCCCAUCGUAGCACUUACCGCCUUUGCAGAGAAAAGCAACGAGGACGAGUGCAUGGCGAGUGGCAUGGAUUACUUCCUUGCCAAACCGAUUAAACGGCCGGCCCUGAAACAAGUACUUAAGAAGUACGCACCGAUACCCGAGGAGGAGGGCGAAGGCAGUACGGCUGCCGUUCCACGCGUCAACGAGCUGCGCCAGAAUCGGACCGAGUCACGCAACACAUCGCCUGCAGGGCUUCGAAACGGCACGAUUGCCACGCCCAAGACCGAACCUGCUGUCCAAAUCACCCACAAAGACGAUGGUGACAUAAGUCCAUUAACAUCGCCAACGGGCUGA